CUUGGUAUUAUGCUAUGAUUGAAUUUGAAUGUGAAAAGUAAUACACUUGAAAUUCAGCCGACGAUAUUAUUUGGAAAGGAUUUCCAGAUUUCUACUUUAAGUAACUGAGCUUAUUGCACCAAAUCCCUAAUUGAAAAGUAAAUCCUCUGUUUGCUACUGCAGGAGUUACACUUAGCUUCAUCAUUGCAGGAGCAUCUUGUGUUCUGAAUGCUCUCUGUUAUGCUGAACUAGCUUCUCGUUUGCCCGCGGUUGUUGGGGGAGCAUACAUGUACGCUUACUCGGCUUUCAACGAGCUCACAGCUUUUUUAGUGUUUACUCAGCUGAUGCUCGACUAUCAUAUUGGUGCUGCUAGCAUAGCGCGUAGCUUAGCUGGCUAUUGGGUUUCUGUAUUGGAGCUCAUUCCCUUUCUCAACGAUAACAUUCCAAGUUGGGCUGGGCAUGGCGACACAUUUCUUCAUUUAUUCUCGAUUAACAUCUUUGCUCCAAUCAUUCUAGGCCUCCUCACGGUAGUGCUGUGUCGGGGUGUAGGAGAGUCUUCCAUAUUGAACUCAAUCAUGACCGUGACAAAGGUACUCAUUGUUAUCUUUGUCAUAAUUGUUGGAUCCUUUAAGGUUGACGAUGCGAAUUGGUCUCCCUUUGCACCAAAUGGUGCCAAGUCAAUAUUGACAGGAGCAACUGUGGUCUUCUUUGCAUAUGUAGGAUUUGAUGCAGUUGCUAAUUCUGCGGAAGAAUCCAAGAGACCACAGAGGGAUUUACCAUUAGGCAUCAUUGGCAGCCUCAUGAUCUGUGUCGGGUUGUAUAUCGCUGUUUGCUUAGUGAUUACUGGAAUGGUUCCGUACGAACAUCUAGGAGAAGAAGCACCUUUGGCUAAUGCUUUCACCUCCAAGGGCUUGAAGUAUGUCUCAGUCCUAAUUAGCUGCGGUGCGAUUGCUGGACUUACAACAACACUCUUAGUUGGGCUCUACGUUCAGUCUCGGUUAUAUCUCGGACUUGGAAGAGACGGUUUACUACCAGCUAUAUUUGCCAAAGUCCACCCGAUGCGACAAACUCCAGUUCAUUCACAAGUUUGGGUUGGUCUUAUUGCUAGCAUUUUGGCAGGUUUUCUUAAUGUUCAUGUGCUCUCACACGUUCUCUCAGUUGGAUCCUUGACAGGGUAUUCAGUUGUUUCAGCAUGUGUGGUUACCCUACGCUGGAAGGACAAUAAGAUAUCUAACUCGGAUUCUACUAAGCAUAUUUCUAAUAGGGCGGAAGGCAUCUUUUGCCUCAUUGCAAUUGCCUGUUGCGGUUGUGCUACUGGCAUCCUCUUCCGAUUUGGUGCUUCAUUUGUUUACCUCAUAAUAGCUUCUGUGAUCGCAGUGUCUGCUGGUGCAACUCUCUACCUACGACAAGCUUAUACUGAUCCACCGGGUUUUUCUUGUCCCGGAGUUCCAAUACUUCCGUCAAUCAGCAUUUUCAUCAAUAUCUUUUUAUUCGCUCAGCUCCACUAUGAAGCCUGGGUGAGAUUUGUUGUCCUCAACAUUGUUUCACUCAGCGUUUAUGCAUUUUACGGCCAGUUUCACGCCAAACCUGUAACUGUAAGUCCAACUAUGUAUAUAAAUGAAUACAAGAGCAUAAAACACUUUCACCUACCUCACUUUUUACUAAUAUUCCAAAAUACUUUCUCCACUGUAAAACCACCAUUGCUGGCCUGCUUCUGCUGUAUUUUCGUUUUGACGUCGACAUGUUUACUCUUAGGGUUCUGCUGGUGAAGUUUAGAUUCGUAACUAAUGACUGGGCCUUUUCAGCGAUCACGGUAUCGAUUCCAUUAUAUGUAACUCUUUUCUCAUUGUUGUUGUAUGCAUUAUUGUAAUUGUUGUAUUCUCGAGUCCAUCUCCAUCAGUUACACACUUAUGAAUCAAAAUAAUAUAUCGUCCCAACGAUCUUGUAAAUUGUAAAUUUGAUUUUGAGCACGGCAUGCAUUUAUACUUGUGUACAUAAAUGAUAUUAUUUAUGAUAUUAUUUAUGAUAUUAUUUAA